UCACCUCGCUGCUCCUCGCUUGCAGCCCUGUGCUUUGCUCCUCUCCAAACAUGGCAAAAAUAUCCAGCCCUACAGAGACUGAACGGUGCAUCGAGUCUCUGAUUGCUCUUUUCCAAAAGCAUGCUGGAAGGGACAGUAACAACAGCAAAUUCUCCAAGGCCGAGUUACUUAUCUUCAUGAAUACAGAGCUGGGUGUCUUCACAAAGAACAAGAAGGACCCUGGUGUCCUUGACUGCAUGAUGAAGAAGCUGGACCUCGACUCUGAUAUACAGCUAGAUUUCCAAGAAUUUCUUAAUCUUAUUGGCGGCCUCGCUCUAGCUUGCCAUGACUCCUUUAUUAAGUCUAGCUCUUCCCAGAAGUAAAUCGGAGGAGCCUUU